AUGGUUAUCUUCAUUUGUAACCCCAUUUUCUUCACUAUUGCAAUUCUCUUAUUCUCAAUUUGGGCGUUACAUAAGUUAUUCGCAAUCGAAAAGGUGAAGAGAAAAUGGAGGAAAAUAGAGGAUUGGUUCCACGUGUAUCAUGUUUUCAAUGUUCCAGAGCUAAACGACAACAUGCAGUACAACACUUUUUACAGAAAACUCUCGAUAUACUUUCGUUCCCUUCCUUCCCUCCAAGACGCACACUUCAAUAACCUAAUUACUUCCAAUGAUAACCAAAACGACGUCGCUCUUUGCCUUAGCCCUAACCAAACCGUUCAAGACCAUUUUCUCGGAGCCACUCUAUACUGGUCCAACCAAACCGAACCGAACCGGAUCUUCAUUCUCAAGAUCAGAAAAACCGAUAAACGAAGAAUCAUUCGUCUUUAUCUUCAACAUAUUCACGCCGUCGUUGACGAAAUCGAAAAACAAGGGAAACGUGAUUUGCGGAUUUACAUGAACGCCGGUAACGUUGCCGGUGCUGGUGCGUUGAGACUAUGGAGAUUCGUUCCGUUCACGCAUCCUUCCACAUUUGAAACAAUCACAAUGGAAAUAGAUCUCAAAAACAAAGUCAAAUCCGAUCUAGAAUCGUUCCUCAAAGGGAAGCAAUACUAUCAUCGGAUUGGCCGAAUCUGGAAACGAAGUUACUUAUUAUACGGUCCUUCCGGCACCGGGAAAUCUACCUUCGUUGCCGCCAUGGCCAAUUUUCUCUCCUACGAUAUCUAUGACGUGGACUUAUCAAGGGUUCACACCGAUUCGGAUCUCAAAUUUCUCUUCCUCCAAACGUCACCGAAAUCGAUUGUUCUCGUUGAGGAUCUAGAUCGGUUUCUCGACGUGAAAUCAUCCACGGCGUUGAGUUUAUCUGCAAUACUGAACUUCAUGGACGGAAUAUGUAGCGGCGAAGAGAGACUCAUGGUGUUCACGAUGAACAGCAAAGAAAAUGUGGAUCCGGAUCUGCUUCGUCCGGGUCGGGUUGACGUACAUAUCCAUUUUCCUCUAUGUGAUUUCUCAUCAUUCAAAACGCUUGCUAGUAACUACCUUGGGGUGAAGGAUCACAAGCUAUUCCCUCAGGUGGAAGAAAAUUUUCAAAACGGAGCGAGUUUGAGUCCAGCAGAAAUCGGUGAGUUGAUGAUCACGAACCGGAACUCGCCGAGUCGAGCAAUUAAAUCAGUCAUCACAGCAUUGAAAACCGACGGUGAUGGAAGGGGAUAUAAAUCGAUCGAACGGCGCAGAGGGAAUGAUGGUGAUGAUGACGUGGAUGAGGGUGCACGUGAGCAUUCAUUUAAAGAAAGAAAGAAACUUUACGGGUUUUUAAAAUUGAGGGCUUCUGGAAGAAAAUCUUGUUCGUCAUCGCCGAACAACAGUGCAGUGGGAAGUCCGUUACGAAUUUGUGAUAAAUGA